AUGAUGGGUUUUCAACAGAGGCUCAAGGGCGCCAUUGAUCGGACCAUCGCCGAGGAACAGGCUCGACAGGAGCAGGCACGACAGAGGAUCGAACCUGGAGGCGCCACCCCGCGCCGCUCCGAUUCCACCUCCUCGCGGAGCAACCAGUCACCCGCGAGACGGCCCCGGCCCAAGAAGGCGGGCGCCGCAGCCGACGCAGCCAAGGACGACGCCGCCGGUAGCCCCUCGAACCCCGACCCGGCCGUCUUCGAAGCAGCCUUCGCCCUCGACGACAGCGAGGAACCCAGCCGCGUUGGGACCCCGAAGCCCGCCGCCGACGCCAUGGAUAAGGACGACGACAAGACGAAGGAGAAGGCCGACGAGGGCCAGAAUCAGAACGGAGAUGGCGACAAGGAGAAGGAGAAGGAGGUUGACGGCGCCGCUGCUGUACCCGCUCCUGCUGCCCCCGAGCUGUCUCCGGAGGUUCGCGCCAAGCUUCGAAAGCUGGACAAGCUGGAGAAGACGUAUCCUGAGCUCCUUCGAUCCUAUCGAAUUGCCCACGGUCGCGCUACAUCCAUCGAGCCCUUCGAGCGCGUGCUUAAGGAGCACACCAGCGUCGGCUCCAUCCGCGAGCCCGAGGCGCUGAUUGAGUACCUCAACUCCUUGAAGCAAAAGGAGCAGAUGAUUAUGGACGAGUACAAGCGCGUCUCGAUCGAGAAGGACGACUACAAGAAGAAGUUUGAAGCGGCCGAGAAGGACGUGGAAAAGUUCAAGAAAGAUGUCGACGAGCUCAAGGCGGCGGCAGCGGCACAGUCUUCGGUUCCGGCCGCCGCCGACAAGACGGAAGAGCCCAAAGAGCAGGUCGACGCCGCCACGAACACCAAGGACGACGGCUCCGUCAAGUCCCCCGACCCAUCCGCCGUCAAAUCGCCCCUGCAGCAGGCGCUAGGCAUUUUCUCACCCAAGCAGAAGACGCAGGAGCCUGACGAGGAGAAGCCCGAGGGGGAGAAGUCCGAAGAGUCUGGAGGCGACUUCUUCUCCUACGAUGAGGAGGCCCCCAAGCUUGAGGCCGAAAUGGCUGCCAAGGAAGAAGAGAUUCAGAAACUCAAGACCGAAGUCAACUCCCUGAAAGCCGAUCUUGCCUCCGCCCAGGAGUCCAGCGCCGACCUCACAGAGAACCUUGAAAAGGCGACAAAGGAGGCUGGCGAACUGCGUGACGUGGCUGCUGUGAAGACUUCGCUCGAGACACAACUUGAAGCACGCAACAAUGAGAUCAAAUCACUCACGGAGCGCCUGGAGACGUCUCAGAAGCAGCUCAAAGAAGUAGAGGCUAAGCUAAAGGGUGAACUUGAGUCCGCUAGGAAGGACGCCAGGGACGUGCAAGCCAAGCUCAAUGAAUCCAAUGCUCUGGUAGACAAGGAAAAGGCACGCGCUUUUGAGGCUUUCACUGCAAAGUCUGACAUUGAGAAGAAGGUGGAGACGCUGAACGACCAAAUUGCGAACAUUAAGAAGGCGAGGGCUCAGCAGGAGAAGAACGUCGAGGAUCUCACCAAGCAAUUGGAGGAGCAGAAGCAGGCCAAGGAAGCCCCUCCAGCCACUCCUACGACCCCAGCACCCACAGAAACUCCUGCAGCUGGCACAGGCAAGAAUGCCAAGAAGAACAACAACAAGAAGAAGAAGAAGGCUGGUGCUGCAGCUGCUGCAGCAGCUGCUGCUACACCGGCAACAACCGCCGGCGCCGCUACGCCUCCCGCGGCCGACGAGGCAAAGGAGUCUGAUACGGAAGCGCUGGAGGCGGAGAUCACCCGCCUGAAGGAGGAGGUCUCGACGAAGGACUCCCAGAUCGACCGGCUUACGAAGCAGCGCAAGACGGAGGAGGAUCUCCGCGAGGAGAUCGAGACGCUGCGCGACGAAGUCACCGAGAUUGGCCAGGAACAUGUGGUGGCCAAGGAGAAGAUCAAGAACCUCGAAGCCGAGAAGAAGGCGCUGGAGACGCGCAUCGAGGAGCUCGAGAAGGAGCUGGGAUCCUCAGCCAAGGACGCAAAAGCGAGCGAGAAGCUGCAGAGCGAGCUGGACAGCCUGCAGAGUGAGUAUGAAGACCUCAAGAGCAAGUCGUCAACGCUGCAAUCGGACCUCGGCGCGGCGCAGCAGCUGGCGCAGAGCAGAUUCAAGGACCUCACGGAACUGCGCGAGGUGCUUCAAAAGGCGCAGCCCGAGAUGAAGAGCCUGCGGCAGGACUCGGCGGCGCUCAAGACGACCCGGGAGGAGCUCGCGGCCAAGAACACGGAACUGCGCAACCUGGAGAAGAAGGAGAAGGAUCUCAAGGCGGACGUGGCGCGUGUCCAGCGGCUGGCGACGGACCGCGAGACGGAAAUCAAGUCGCUCCGUGAGAAGCUGACCAACGAGACGAACAACCGGCUCCGCCUCGAAGAUUCGCAACGGGUGUCAGCUCGCGACCUGCGUCGAUCCGAGGCCGAAAAGGUCGAGAUCAGCGCCAAGGAGGAGAAGACGGCGCGCGAACUACAAAAAGUGCAGGAGGAGGCCAGCAAGCUGCGCCCUUGGGUCAAGGAGCUCGAGGAGCAGGUCGAGAAGCUCGAAAAGGAGAAGAAAUUGCUGCAGCAGGAGGCGGAGCUCAAGACGCAGCAGUACACCAACGCGCAGGGCCUGCUCGGCAGUAUGCGUGACCAGACGGGGGAACUCACGAUACAGCUGAAGGAGGCGCGGUCUCAGUCGGAGUCGCUCGAGGAGGAGCUCGCCGAGAUCCAAAAGCACCUGUCGGAGCGGUCACGCGAGGCGGAGCGGAUGCGUGGUCUGCUGGCGGACGUGGACGAGCGGGCCGACAGCAAGGUGCGCGAGAUGCGGGCGCGCAUGGAGGCGGCGAUCGAGGAGCGCGACCGGAUCGAGGACGAGUCGAGCACGCUCGCGCGGCGCAAGACGCGGGAGACGGAGGAGCUGCGGCAGAAGAUGCGCGACCUGGAGCGCGACAUCAAGACGCUAACGGCGGAGAAGGAGGAGUUGGAGGGCAAGGAGCGCGAGUGGCGCAAGCGGCGCGAGGAGCUCGAGGCAGUGGAGGAGAAGGCCGAGGCGGAGGUGGAGUCGAUGCGGUCGGCAGUGUCAGACCUACGGUCGACUCUUGAUGCGUCGGAGCAGCAGGUGCGAGAGGCGGAGAAGCAGAAGUCAGACCUGCGGCGGCUGCUGGAGGAGUCGAAGCAGCGGUUCGACAAGGUCAGCAAGGAGCUCAAGACGAUGCAGGGCAAGCUCGGGGCCAGCGUCACAUCGGGCCGCAGCUCGGUGGACUCGACACGGUCGGGACUCAACGGAGCGGGAUCGCCGGGGCCCGGGGGCGGCGGCGCGGCGGACACGAUGUACCUCAAGACGAUCCUGCUGCAGUUCCUGGAGCAGAAGGACAACCGGCUGCGGGAGCAGCUCGUGCCUGUGCUGGGCAGGAUCCUGCGAUUUGACAAGACUGAUGAGCAGAAGUGGAAGAGCGCCAUCCAGCACAUUACUGUCCGGUGA